AUGGCAUUCAAAUGUGCUAUCCCUAGAAGAGCCACCAUCCUCAGAGAAAGCGGCAGAAGAACAUUCAACCACUCAACAGGAAGCAAGUCACAGCCUUGCCACGCCCGUGGAGGAAACACCAGGGCAACAACCAACUACUGUGCUAAAUACAAGCCAAAGCUUCGCCAAGCACUAUAUGGGUGUAAAGAUGGGGGAGACCAAACUGCUAGGCAGACCGUGGAACAAAACAGUGGACACAAUAAAAGUGGCCUUUCCCGUCCCAAUCGUCAAAGUAACUUAGAGAGAAAUCCACAGGAAGAUAGCCAAGAUAUACGACCCUUUGGGAUUAGCUUCACUCGUCACCUUAGCUGGAAGGAUGCUGUACAGAGAAACAUGCGACGCCCGAGUACCUUGGGACUGUGGUGUUCCCAGAGAGCUAAAGAUCGCGUGGGAGAACUGGGAAAGAGUGUUGACUGGAAAAGUAGAAGUCCUAAGAAGCCAAGUCCGACCACAGAGACGCAAGCUGAGCCACAAUCAUUAGAGCCAACGCCAGUAAAUAAUCACCGGACAAAAACCACUCAAGAAACUAGUAAGCAGAUGAAGUUCUGGGAAAAAGGGACACAAGUCAAAUGCCAGGGUACGAGCAGGUUUCAGGAAGAUCAGCAACGUCUCAAUCUCCAGAAGAACGCAGAUGGUCUGUACGAAUGCAGAGGGCGUAUCCAGGGAGACUACCCCAUUUAUCUUCCAGAUGAUGCUUUGUUCAGCAAAAAGCUGGUAAUGCACGCCCACCUUCAGACUCUCCAUGGGGGAGUCAGUUUGACGAUGGCGAAGAUACGAGAGAAAUAUUGGAUACCUCGCCUCAGACGACUAACAAAGAGAGUAAUAAAUGAGUGCCGUGGGUGUAAACGCUUUCACGUAACCGCUCUAGCAAACCCAUCGACUGGAAACCUACCCAAGGAAAGAACAGAAGGAUCAGUGCCCUUCAAGUCCAUCGGAGUCGACUUUGCUGGGCCUAUCAAGUACUUCAGCAAGAAGAAAAGGGAGAUGAAGGUAUAUAUUCCAUCAUUUGCAUGCAGCUUAACCCGUGCCGUCUAUUUGGAUCUACAACCAGAUCAAACAACGGAACAGUUUUCACGCAGUCUGAAACGUUUCGUGGCGAGACGAGGACGGCUAGAAAAAAUCUUCUCCGAUAAUGGGAGAACCUUAGUUUCAGCACGCAAAUGGUUAAAGAACGUUCAACAAGAUGAGAAGAUGAACGACUGGCUAGCCAAGCAAAACAUCCAGUGGCAGUUUAAUCUCAGUAGAGCUCCAUGGUGGGGCGGUCAGUUCGAAAGGUUGAUUGGCGUCAUGAAGCAGAGUAUGUACAAAGCAAUCGGAAACGGUCACCUGCGCUGGCAUAAAUUGGAAGAGGUCAUCUUGGAUGUGGAGACAACCCUUAACAACAGACCUCUUGGUUAUAAAACCAAGUACCUACGGAAAUGUAAGGGCGUCCUAUGGAAUAGAUGGACAACCGAGUACCUAAAGGCCCUAAGAGAGCGUCACGAUCUCAACCAUCAAACGGAAGAAGCUACCUUAAAAGAAGGAGACGUGAUCUUUAUCAAGGGAGAGAAGCGUAAGAGGCAAAUGGAAGUUGGUGUAGUGGAACGCCUGAUUCAAGGUCGAGACGGAGUGAUAAGAGGGGCGCAGCUUCGAGCUGGGAAGACACACCCUGAGAGACUACUGCAGCUACUGUAUCCUCUUGAAUUAACUUGCGACAGAUCUGAACGAAGGAGAGGAGAGACGCUAAGAGCUGAUGCCAGAGAAUUCCUGCCGGGAAGAGCCGCAGCAGAUGCACGCCAGCGAAUAGCUGCUAUAGCUCAAGACGAACUAAACGAGGAUUAG